GGGCUGGCAGACACCAGCGGCUCCCGGAGGCUCCGGACCGCGUACACCAACACGCAGCUGCUGGAGCUGGAGAAGGAAUUUCACUUCAACAAAUACCUCUGCAGGCCCCGGCGGGUGGAGAUCGCGGCUCUGCUCGACCUGACCGAGCGGCAAGUCAAAGUGUGGUUCCAGAACCGUCGGAUGAAGCACAAGAGGCAAACCCAGUACAAAGAAUCCUCCGACGGGGAU